AUGGCAACCUCUAAGGAGGGAAAAAAAGCUAUCACCAGAAGCAGCUCUCCACGCAGUCUCCCGGUGAAAGCAAUCAUCAGAGUAUUAUUCACUGAGCAGACAAAGCUAAGCCGUCACGUUGACUGGAGUGGUAGCUUGACCAGGAGUCCAACAAACCCUUCAGGCUCACAACAUUACUUUGAGCCACCAGGGUCUGGAGCGAGGUGCUUAUCUAAAUGCGAGAUGAAUGUUCAACAAGCAGAGAUAAAGAGGCUUAGAGAAGAUGCAGCGAGGCUGCAGAGUGAGUGCAGUGCUAUGCAUUUGCAGGUUGAGAGGCUUAUGGAGAAGAAAAGUGGUGGGAGUAAAGGAGGGUUUUUCAGGUGGAAGAGGCUUGGGUUAGUGCCUUCUAUUAGAGGAAGUGUUAGUGUUGAAGAGUUGACUAACGUUGAGAAUAGUCAAGGCUUGAACCUCAGACUCCUGGGAAUAUGA